UCCCUCAUCUGUCGGUUACGUUCGCGAAAGUCCGAAAGCGGUUUUAUCGUGUAAUCACGGAAAAUGUCCUUAAAAUCGUUUUUGUAAAGGAACUAGAUAACAUCGGAACCAGUGUCCCGCGCGAGUGUUAAGUGGAUAUGUGUUUAGUUUGAAAAUAAGUUAAACCCCCGUAUCGCACAAUGAAUUCCCGUCUGACUACGCCGAAGUUUACCGGCAACCGUUUUAUCGGUUCGCCUUCGAAACAAUCCACACCAGCUGCUAGUCGGUCGGUAUCGAAAAUGCAUCAACCACUGAUGGCCAGUUCGCUUUUGUCCGGUGGCCCACGAGUUGGUAACGGGCCGUUGCUCAACAUGUCCAGUAGCGAAAGUCUUGGCUCGGCACCAUCUUCGGCUAUGAAAACACCGCGGAAUCCGUCUGCUCUGUUUUCCAGCACCAAGUCGAAAUCCUCAACGGCGUUGGCUGCCGGCAGCAUGACACCAUCGUCGUCCUCCUCGUUAUUUCGCGGAACGGCAUCGGCCACUUCGCUCAAAAGCAACGGUUCCUAUGGAACCCCAAAGUAUCAUCAUCAAACUAGCGGCGGAGCUGGUUUGAAAAAGUAUCGAUCUCACAUGGAAGCCAUCAUCGGACGCACUCCGGAGUGCUUCUCCAAGGUCUCCCUGGAUAGCCCCCGAGCGGUUCGCUCUUCAGGAAAGCUUGAUGAAUCGGUUAAAUCGCUUAAAGAUAAAGAUACCCAUUCCGGUGGUGGUGAAAUAAGCAACCUUAAGGUGGCCGUACGAAUUCGGCCCCUAUCUGCCAAAGAGUGUCUGGAAUCGGUGGCCAACAUAGUGAAAGCCAAAGAUAGCGAGGUAAUCGUGAAUGCUGGAAACAAUGCCGAUAAUUCCGCUGGUGUAGAGCACUGCUUUCAGUAUGACCACGUGUUUUGGUCCUGCAAUGCGGAAAAUUCGGCUUUCGUCGAUCAAGUUGGGGUCUAUCAGGGUUUGAUGCAACCACUGCUCGAUAAAGCAUUCGAAGGCUACAACGCUUGUUUGUUUGCCUACGGUCAAACUGGCUCCGGUAAAAGUUAUAGCAUGAUGGGCAUGGAUUCUGACGAUCUAGAAAUCAACUCAGAAGCUGGUAUUAUUCCAAGAUUUUGUCAGGAACUGUUCGCCCGGAUAGAUUCCCUUAAGGGUCAGGUACAUGCCGAAGUUGAAGUGAGUUAUUUUGAAAUCUACAACGAGAAAAUACAUGAUCUCUUAGCCGUUUCGCCCACUGACGGAGUAUUUUCCGUUACAACAUCUAACGCAAAGAAACCUCCUUUGAAAGUGCGCGAACAUCCAAUCUGGGGCCCCUACGUUGUGGACCUUUCGACGCAUCCGGUUGAUUCGCACACUGCUCUCCGCAAUUGGCUAGCGGUGGGAAACAGCCAACGAGCAACGGCUGCCACCGGCAUGAACGACAAAAGUUCACGAUCACAUUCGAUAUUUUCGGUAGUUUUGAACCUCUCGGAAGUGAUCCAUUCUGCGGAUGAUGCUAGCGAGUCGACCAAAGUGCACCAGACGAAGCGCAGCAAAAUCAGUCUGGUAGAUCUGGCUGGCUCGGAACGGGUUAGCCACACCUGUGCCAGCGGGGAUCGACUCAAGGAGGGGGUCAGCAUCAACAAGAGUUUGCUGACAUUGGGAAAAGUAAUUUCAUCGCUGGCAGAGUCCAAGAAGAUUUCGUCUCACAUCCCCUAUCGUGAUUCGGUGCUGACAUGGUUGCUUCGGGAAAAUCUUGGAGGAAAUUCUCGAACGGUUAUGCUCGCUACCAUUUCCCCUGCAGCGACCCAUUUGGACGAAACCUUGGCAACGUUGCGCUAUGCUUGCCAAGCUAGAGCCAUCGUCAACCGGGUGAAGGUGAACGAAGAUCCACAUGACCGUAUAAUCCGGGAGCUGAGGGCUGAGGUCGAACGACUACAAAUACUGCGGCAGGACUACGAACGACAGAAACGGCACUCGGCCAACCAACAGCAACAACCGAGAAAGAUUAUCAUCGAAACCUCGGUCGAUGACAGCGAAGUGGAGGCCCUAAGACUACAGCUGGCCGAAACUGAGCAGGAGCUUGCCAAGGCACAAAAAUCCUGGCGGGAACGUCUGCAGGAGGCCGAAGAUGUGCGGAGAACUGAGAUGAAAUUGUUAAAGCGCAAAGGGCUAGCAUUGGAGCUAUCGGCUGAACAAAAAGAACCCUGUUUGGUGAACUUAGCUGCAGACCCGAUGCUUUCCGGCACGCUUUUGUACAUUAUUCCAAGUGGUCAGGUUAAGGUCGGAAGGCCUUCCUCCUUUUCCUCGCCGGAUAUUGUUCUAGAAGGUCCACUGGUAUCGCAUCAUCACUGUACCAUUGAAAACAGAAAUGGCAAACUAUAUCUUACCCCGGAGGAUCUAGAACAGUACGAAACAUUUGUCAAUGGGGAGUUAUUACAGGAAAGGAAGCAGUUGUUCCACAAUGAUCGAGUUGUGAUCGGGGGAUCGCACUACUUCCGAGUGUCCAACCCAAUGUGUCCGAACCGCAGCAAACAAAUCAUGGUGGACUUCCAGCUAGCCAAUCAAGAAAUACUCCAGGAACAAGAGAAGCGCCUCCGUCGGGAGUUGGACGCUGAAAAGCAAGCUGCUAUUUCCCGGAUAGAAGCCGAACGUUUGGCUCACGAACAACGGUACGAAGAACGUCUGGCCACGCUUGAGUUGGAAAAAUUCAAAUACAAAUGCCACAAGGAGCUCUUGGAAACGGAGAAAGAAGCCACUCUGAAAUGCCAACAAGCAUCGGAGAGUGACCCCCUGAAUAAUUCGUUUGAGUUAAAACCUUUCCAAUCCAAUCUAGCAGAUGAGAUCAGAAAGAUAAUGGAAAGACCUAGUGAAGAGAGUUUACACCAAAUUCAGCUCAUGGUAAAAGAAGCGACUCAGCGUUGCAAGGAUUUGCAGUUAAACUUUGAGUUUCAGCAAUCCCAGGUUCUAGACGAGCAAGGUAUAUUCCGUGCCGUAAUCAAUAUUUAUGACAAAGCCAAAGGAAGAGUCGCUGAGUGGUUGCCCGCUAGGCUUGAGUAUUGGUUGUCUAUUCUUCGUGAACGCGAAGAUAUUUCCUCUGUUAAUAUUUUCGAAAAUUUCGACAUCGACUGGAAAGAAGAUAACGUCGAGCUUAAUGAAUCAUCAAACGAUUCCCGCAAUUCGAGCAGAAUUUCAUUGAAUUUGAGUUCAGUAAAAGAUGUUAUAAUGGGAAGAAACAGUUUGACAAGAAAAUCAAACAAUCCUGCAAGUACCUCUAAAAAAUCAGAAGGUCUUCUCAAAUCUAUGUUCAAAAUGGUGGCUCCCAGUAGUAAUAUACGCAAAGAGCUGAUUUUCGAUGAAGAUUCCAACGACUCAAGUAUGCAAUCUAAUGAUGAAAAUGUUCCAGCAAAUGACCAGUGCAAAUCAUCUACCCAAGCUCCGGGUCGAUUCGAGAUUAAAGCUAAGAGUCAGCUUAAAGACCUGCAGGUGGCUACCCUAAGACUGAAAAAGCUUUGCGAGAAGCAACUUCGGAAUGCUCCCAAACUUGGAGACGAUGACAGCAUCGUCGAUUUGGAUUGUAGUUUGCGAACAGAGGAGAGUAUCGCUAGGGAUUUCUUGCGGUCGUUAGCGGAAAUCGAGAACGCUAUUCAGGAUAUGCGUUUUGUUCUGACGGAGCAAAACAUUCGACAGGCUACAGCGGAUUUGGCAAAAACACCUAAAUCGGUUAGGUUUUUGUUGGACUGAAAAGUAAUUGAACAAAUUUUAUUUUUAGACCAUGUAAGUAAGGUGGUGUUUGACCUUGUGUAAUUGCUUACCCUAUUUUUAGUAUUACACAUUUAUUUACGAUAUAUACUAUUUAUGUAUUUCCUGUACCAAAUUUUGUAUUAUUAGAUUUUAAUACUUUCAAACCAAGACAAUAAAAACAGAAUCCAAUAAACUUUAACAUUCAGUCAAUGGGAAAGAAAUAACCUCUUGGCUGUCAUCCGAGAAAAUGAAUGAUCUUUAUUUUAUGAGAGACUUACAUGUUUUAUUAAAGUCACAAAAUAAUAAUAAUAAUUUACAAAAUAUACUACUCAAAACCUAUGCUAUGCUUAACGCUUAACAUAAUUAAAAGAAUACGGUUUCGCUACCCACGGUUGCAGACAAAUCUCCACACAACGCACACAACAAAACUUAUGGUUUAUGUUGAAAUUUCUGAAAAAUGGCGUUGAAAUGCAAAAGAAAUAAAGGGAAACUUGAAAAUGUUUUUAAAAUCAAAACAAAUUACGAACGACCUAAUCAUACAACAGCUUACGCCUGGCGCGUGUUUUGGUACCGAUAAUUAUGUUUUCAAAAGAAAAUCUUAAAGACGAUGACAAAGGAAUUGACGAAGAUGAACGAAGCGGUUGCGAUUUCUGCUGACUGAAUGAAAGCACAGACUCUAUUUGCUAUUCUAAUCCCAGGGCCCAGUUGAUGCCUUGGACAAUAAACAGAAUAAGUGGCUGCCACGCUACGAGCCACCGGAUCCAAUCCAGUAAUUGCCCGUAG